CUCUGCUUUGCUUGUGUGUGUAUGCGUGCAAGUGGAGGGACGUGUUCAGGACUUCAGGUCCUUUCAACAAAGAACCUGAACUGCCGUCUAUGUUUGCGUGCCUGCUGAAAUGUGACACUUUUUAUACACAUUCCAAUUAUUUGCACUUAAGGAUAUCAGGUAUUUAUUAGUGUUUAUGCGACAAUCCGAGACGCUGCGUGGUGGUGAACGCUCGACUGUCUUGGUGUGCUUGCGCUAAAGCAGAUAGUUUAUAGUUAGCUGUUUAGUCUAGGUUGAAACGUGUUAUCUGGAGACUAUGUCCACCGACUGCCAGACGAGCAAUGCGACGAACAUCCCGUCAAACUGCAGGAGGGUCGCCAUCCACGACGCCGACCACAUGCCCCAAGAUUACUCCACUACUCCCGGGGGCACCCCUUUCAGCACCACCCCUGGUGGAACCAGGAUUAUCUAUGAUCGAAAGUUCCUGCUGGGGCGUCGCAGUUCUCCUCUGGCCAAGACCCCUCCGCAAGGUCUUCCAGACAUUCCUGGUGUGACGAGUCCUCCCUCCGCAGGAACCAACGACAAGAAGGCCAGCGAUGGAGAACUACUGAACAGAAGCGGUGUGUCACCUAGCAACACCACAGGUGAUGAUGCACAGUUUGAAAUGGACAUCUGAGCAGUGUCACGUGAAACGUAUUCUCAAGAUGCUUUGAAAAAUGGCUUUGAAGAAACUACCAUCUUGUCCCAAAGGCUGUCUCAGUGCCGAGAUUUCAGUGUAAUUCAAUGUUUUCGUCUUUGAGCACAGAACUAAACUGUGAUCUAACAUGUAUCUGCCUUAAGGCUCGAAACAAGUGUGCCUUCCUUUAAUGGCUAUAAUUUGAUCAUGUGCACUACAAACAGCCUGUAAGCAAACUGUAAGCUGUGAGACAAUCGGAAUGAAAGAGACCAACCUCCCAAUAAUUUUUCCCAAAAUAUGCAAUUGUUUUUGCACACUCCACUUCUUCAGAUGAUACAUUGAAAUGACCAAGAUCAUCUAGUAAUUGGGACUACAAUAUGCCAUUUUGAUCUGAUCUGUCAACUUAUGGGAGUGACAACAUUAAAAAAUGCAAUUGAAUUCAACUUUCUU